UACAGGUGUCCUAGUUGCUGUCAUCUUCAAGAUGAGCUCUCUCAGCGCUGCCAACACUGAAUUUUGCUUGGAUCUUUUCAAGGAACUUAGCAAGCAAAAUGCUGGUAGAAAUGUUUUCUUCGCCCCUGUGGGUCUCUCAGCAGCUCUGGCCAUGGUCAUGCUUGGUGCGAGAGGGGACACUGCAGCUCAGAUGGAAAAGGUACUUCACUUCAACGAGAUCAGAACAUCAGGAUCUGGAGACUCCUAUGAAACUGGACCUCUUGCAGACCAGAAAAUGAAACCGCUGACGGCUACAAAAUUGCAGUGUGAUGAACGUGGAAAUGUUCAUGCCCAGUUCCAAGCCUUAUUAUUACAAAUCAACAAAUGCAGUAAUAACUAUGUAUUAAGCAUUGCCAACCGACUGUAUGGAGCAGUGGGUUUUGAAUUCAUUCAGCAAUACUUAUGCAGCACUAAGCAAUUAUACCAUUCUGAGCUGGAAAGCGUUGACUUUUUGAAUGGAAUUGAAAAAGCCAGAGAAACUAUUAAUUCAUGGGUUGAAAGGCAAACAAAUGGCAAAAUCCAGGACCUUUUCCCCUGUGGUGCUCUUGAUCCAUCAACUGUUUUGGUGUUGGUGAAUGCCAUCUAUUUCAAAGGAAAGUGGUUGUCCAGAUUUAAGAAAGAAUACACCAAAGAAUUGCCUUUUUGGCUGAAUAAGAAAGAGUGCAAAAACGUGCCAAUGAUGUUUCAGAAUGGAAAGUUUAAAUUGGCCAGAAUUCAAGAGCCUCGGCUUCAAGUGCUUGAGCUUCCUUAUGAGGGUGGAGAGCUAAGCAUGAUUAUCAUGCUCCCUGAGGAUCAGGAUGCUUGUCUAGAAGAGCUAGGAAGUUCCCUUACCUAUAAGAAAAUAGAAGAGUGGACCACUUUUUCAAACACGUGCCCAUUGAAAGUGGAUGUGUAUCUACCCAGGUUUAAACUUGAACAAAGAUAUGAACUGAAGACGACUUUGCAGUCCAUGGGGAUGACAGAUACUUUUGCGAGAGGAAAAGCUGAUUUUACAGGGAUCUCCGAGAAGACAGGACUAUUUGUGUCCAAAGUCACUCACAAGGUCUAUGUAGAAGUCAAUGAAGAGGGCACAGAAGCAGCAGGUGCCACCGGGAUAGGAAUUGCUCCAAUGAGUGUACACUUUCCUGUGGUGUUUAAGGCUGAUCGCCCAUUCUUCUUUUUAAUUAGAAACAAUUCAGCAGCAAAUAGCAUUCUCUUCUUUGGUAGAUAUAUAUCACCUUAAGUAACAUGCCAUUUUGGGGGGAAAUCCUUCUAUUUAGUACUUCAGUGCUAAGAGAGACAGAGGGAAAUCUACCAGUUAUGUUGAUUCAUCUUUACUAUGCCUAGUUCUUCCCCCCUAUUUCUUUUUCGUGGAGCAAACACGGCUUUUAGCCCUAUUUUCACUCAGGUGCGCAAACUCCUCUUAACUACAUUCAUCUGGGAGUGAAUCACAUUUGAGAUAAUCCUUGCACUGGUAGUUGCUUGCUGCACAGUUAACAUUAUUGUGGUGGGCAUGAGAGACAUUUGUCUGAAAAUGCAAUAAGCCAAUCCUCUCAGUCUUAAUACCUCGGCUGUAUUGUGGGCAUGAUUAUAACACUGACUUUGUUCAUUGCUCUGAUGGGGGCAUUAAUCUAUCUAGAAGAGCAGUAUAUAAGCAUUGUUGCUGUUGCUGUUAAAACACAUCCUCCUCCUCCUCCUAAUGUACAGACUUUGCCUGAGAGCCAAGCUACAAGUGACACCUGACACAGGUUGGACACUUGUCAGCUUCCCUCAAGUUUUGAAGGGAAAUGUAGGUGUCCUGGUUUUACAGCUUGGCUCUCCAUUACAGCUGCGAGACCAGGAUG